AAGCUUUGAAGCGAGUUUGGGGAGCUCGGCAGCAUCAUGCUUAGACUUUUCAAAGAGACAAACUCCAUUUUCUUAUGAAUGGAAAGUGAAAACCCCUGUUCUGCUUAAAUUGGGUUCCUUCCUGUCCUGAGAAACACAGAGACCCCCAAAAGGGAAGCAGAGGAGAGAAAGACCCACACCUAGACCCCGCGAGAAGAGAUGACCAUGACCACCAUGCCAGAAAGUCUCAACAGCCCUGUGUCGGGCAAGGCGGUGUUUAUGGAGUUUGGGCCGCCCAACCAACAAAUGUCUCCUUCUCCCAUGUCCCACGGGCACUACUCCAUGCACUGUUUACACUCGGCGGGUCACUCGCAGCCCGACGGCGCCUACAGCUCGGCCUCGUCCUUCUCCCGACCGCUGGGCUACCCCUACGUCAACUCGGUCAGCAGCCACGCGUCCAGCCCCUACAUCAGUUCCGUGCAGUCCUACCCGGGCAGCGCCAACCUCGCUCAGAGCCGCCUGGAGGACCCAGGGGCGGACUCCGAGAAGAGCACGGUGGUGGAAGGCGGUGAAGUGCGCUUCAAUGGCAAGGGGAAAAAGAUCCGCAAACCCAGGACGAUUUAUUCCAGUUUGCAGUUGCAGGCUUUGAACCGGCGGUUCCAGCAAACUCAGUACCUGGCUCUGCCCGAGAGGGCGGAGCUCGCGGCCUCCUUGGGACUCACGCAGACGCAGGUCAAGAUCUGGUUCCAGAACAAGCGCUCCAAGUUCAAGAAGUUGAUGAAGCAGGGCGGGGCAGCUCUGGAGGGUAGUGCGUUGGCCAACGGCCGGGCCCUGUCUGCCGGUUCCCCACCGGUGCCGCCCGGCUGGAACCCCAACUCCUCGUCGGGAAAGGGUUCCGGCGGCAGCGCGGGCUCCUACAUUCCCAGCUACACAUCGUGGUACCCCUCGGCGCACCAAGAAGCUAUGCAGCAACCCCAGCUCAUGUGAGGUUGCCUGCCCGCACCGGCCCGCCUCCUUCCCGCCUCCCCGGCCGGGUCCUUCCCACCUCCCGGUCCAUCCACCCUGUC